GACAAUUAAAUAUCGGCAAUGUCAAGCAGAGAUAUCACGAAUUGAAGAAAAAUAUCUCUUUCAUAAUCAAAGAGAAAAUAUAUUACGUCUGUGUAGAUGAUGCUUGAUCAAGGUUUCACAAAUGAAAUGAAAUCUUCUAUCUUUUCUUGUUUCAAAGAAACAUCUCGAUCAAUUUCAUUGAAAUCUAAACUGUGGAUAUUGUGGUGAACAUUUCAACUCAGUUGAUAAAUUCAAUGAACAUAAACUCUUCGAAUGUUCAAAAUUGAUUGUUGAAUGUAUAUUGAAAGGCCUAGACAGUAAUGAACGAGUAUGAGUAUUUUUUAGAUGCAUUUAACAUCGAAAAAUUCGUAUUCUUAAGUUUAUUCGUGCCAAAAAGGAGAAUCAUUAUUUGAUUAAACAGUAUCAACAGGCCAUAUUUAAACUUGUUCGUCAAAUUUCAUCACAAUUCAAUGAUAGACAAAUGAAUAUUGAUCUUCCUCGAACAACAACUGCAGGAGCCUGUAUUCCUGCUACAGCUCAAUUUGAAGAAGUUCAUGAAAUGUUGCAUAUCUUGGCAGGUGGCAUCGAAGCAUUGGUCAAUAAUGAACAACGUCUAAGUAAUGAAUCACUCCAAAUGCAAAUUACACUUACAAUAUUGAAAGAAGAAUCAUCGAAAUAA